AUGCCAGGCGUCCAGCGCGCUGCUUUUGGUGCCCGCACCAACCCUACGGAGCGCAUCAACCAAGCGAUUGAGGCUCAGGACUGGGAUGGCGCGCAGGCCGCUCUCAACGUCAUCGGCAACGACGGCUUCCGGGAACGCUACAUCAAGUCGGAAGACCAAGCGAUGAAGUCGCGCCACUUUAAGUUUCGAAACAACUCGAUUUACGUCGUCGAGAUGAGCGGUGGUCUUCACGGUGACAUUGCGAAUGGCAUCGACGACGCGAUCAAGGAGGCCACAAGGCCAGAGGCCACGGGGACGAACCAUCGAGUCCUCAAGGGGCACCGCAACGCGUAUGUCGACACGACCCACAAGCUAGCGGCAUGCAAGCUGCCCAAGCUCGAGCCCGACUGCAGCUUUGGCCCUGCGCGCCACAUUGGCGCUAUCAAGCCGGCGCAUCUUCGCUGGAAUGAAUUCUAUACACUCAAGGUUGAGGUUGGCGUGAACGAAGGCUGGCGAAGCAUGAACUGCAAGGUCGUCCAGUACUGCGCCGUUCCAGGUCUGCGCUACGUGCUCUGCGUCUUUGUUUCGCCCGACAUGGAAGUGCGCCAGUGCAAGCUUUUCUCGAUCACCAACAACGAGCUUGAAGGACCCGAUCCAGCCCUCGUCCAGCCGAUUCGGAUCACGGCCACUUCCCGCAUCAUGCUGGAUGCUCGUCGGCUCUUGGCGCUGUCAGACGAAUUGGCCCUUCCAGGGCGCUUUCCCGCCGAGGUGUCUUUCGAUAUAUCGUCACCCGAUCUUGGAAGACGCCUUGCUCUACAUGAGGACUGA